AUGCAAGAGAAGAGUUGCAAGCGGACGAGGCUGUCUAUCCGUGCUGCAUUGCCACAGGAGCUUGGACUCACAAUGCAGCCGUCUGCACCAUACCGUCGGAAACAUCAAGAGCAACCUGCAGCUGCUUCGUACGCAAUGAUCGCUCCACUUCUAGUCUCGAGCCUAUCAUGUCGCCAGCACGCUUUGCUACAGCAACGUGACGGUCUGUUGGACGCAAUUCGAUCCUAUUUUGCAACGCCCAAAGUGAUGCAAGUGGGAGAUAUCUUCGCUGUAGAGCUUCGAGAGACAACGCAAUCUCAUAUUUCCAAAGAGAACAAAUGGUCCAGAGAAAACUACGUGCCGUACAAGACCGUGGAUGUGCCUGCUGCUUGUAUGAGGCCGAAAGAGGGCGAAGCUGCCGAGCCAGUGACGGAGCUCAUGCCUCCGACGUUGGAUUUGGACACUUCGCUUAUGUUUUUCCGGGUCGAGAGAUUGGAUGGAGAGAGUAAGGAUGCGUUGGCGUUGACGGUGUCUGACGCUACGGAGCUUAUGCAAGGUUCGUCAACUUCGGCGCCGUCUCCUGAUGAGACAACCAUCAAGCAGUUCAUCACACAGAGCAGAUAUCAUGGUGCCGCACCGGUAUCUGACUCAGCUCUACCCUCGACUACCCAGCAAGAGUUGUACGAAGUACUCUACCCGGCCCAGUUGUGCGAUAUCCCGGUAUCGGUGCUGCUAAGUGGAGCUCGAGGUGUUGGCAAGAAGACGCUCGUGCAUCAAGUGGCCAAGCAGUUGGGAGUGAUCACUGUGGAGGUUCCAUUCACUGAUCUCACGGGUCAAUCAGAGCUUCAUCUGCUGGAAAAUGUGCGGGAUCAAGUAUCAAAAGCUCAGGCCUUAUCACCCUGUCUCCUAUAUAUUAGUCAUCUCUUCCCAGUCGAAAAGGACAACGAGGAAGCGGAGUUGCGGAUCGGUGCUGUUCUCUCUGAGUGCAUCCGCUCACUGAGUCAGAACCAGCACAGUAUCCCGUUGAUCGCGUGCGUAGAAGACGUCAACGAAGUGCCCAAGUUUAUUCGACAGUGCUUCCUUUACGAGAUGCACCUCGAGGCACCCGAUCUUUCCAAGCGACUGGGGUUCUUACAGCACAUGGCAACAUCUAUAGAGAUCGAUGAGGACGUGGACUUGACGGAGAUUGCACAGUUGACUGCGGGUCGGACGUAUGGAGAGCUGUCGGCAAUGCUAGCAGAUGCUGGGAGUCUAGCAAUCGAGAGGAUUCUGGGCGACGAGACGGACACCAGCGACGUAUCGCUGGAAGAUGUGGUGUUUGCUAACUCGGACGAUCUCCCACGCAAGUGCUGCGUAUCAGCGAAGGACAUGGAGGAAGCUGCCCAGAAUCAGCAAGCCCAAGCAUCUUCGGCCAACAUUGGCAAUGCGUCGAUUCCCAACGUUAAGUGGACUGAUGUGGGUGGUCUAGAAGACGUCAAGGACGAGAUUCUGGACGUGGUGCAGCUACCGAUCAAGCACCCAGAGCUGUUCGCCAGUGGAGUCCGUCAACGGUCUGGUAUUUUGCUGUAUGGACCUCCAGGAACAGGCAAGACUCUCCUAGCGAAGGCCAUUGCGACUGAAUGCAACCUCAACUUCCUCAGUGUCAAGGGCCCUGAGCUGCUGAACAUGUACAUCGGUGAAAGCGAGAAGAACGUUCGACAAGUUUUCGCCAAGGCUCGUAGCUGUCGUCCUUGUAUUCUUUUCUUUGAUGAAUUGGACUCGCUAGCACCGAUGCGUGGACGUGGCUCAGACUCGGGUGGUGUCAUGGACCGCGUGGUCUCGCAGCUUCUGACGGAGAUCGACGGGCUUAGCGGUGGUGGAAACGAUCAAGUGUUUGUCAUUGGCGCCACGAACCGCCCAGAUCUGCUGGAAACAGGACUGCUACGUCCCGGUCGCUUUGAUCGGUUGUUAUAUCUUGGCAUUUGCACCGACAAAUCAGCGCAACUCAAGGUGUUGAAGGCGCAGACGAGGAAGUUCACACUGGCGGAAGAUGCUGAUUUGGAUGCUGUAGUGGAGCAUUGCCCCACCAACUUUACAGGCGCUGACUUCUACGCACUCAGUUCCAGUGCACUAGCGGCUGCACUUAAGGAUCGAGUGGAAGCUCUUGACAAACAACUCGAGGAGAUCAACGCGGAGGACUGCUACUCUUCAAGUCCCAUGACAAUCCGUCUACUUCUCAACCGAUUGUCGCCUGAAGAGUUGCGUGUACCUGUUGGUCAAGAGCACUUUAUGACGGCGCUUUCGCAGGUGGUUCCAUCGGUGUCGCCUGCAGAAAUUCAGCAUUAUGAAAACCUGAAACAGCAGUACAGUUCAAGACAAACUUAA